AUUGAUUAGUCCGUCUACCUGUUGACCGACUCAGCUGUGUUUUCAACCAGAAGAUUUGGAUAUUUUUUAAAUCCCGAUUCAUGUCAGUUAUUUGUUUAGAACUGAUCUGCGGAAAAUGUGAUCGAUUUUUCCCCUUUGUAUGUAUAUUAGUGUGUUUAUAAAAUCGUGGUGGCUUACCAAUAUCCAAGUGCGGACCUGGAAAUACAAUGCAUUCCGCAUCCUGAACAUGUAUUUAAACUUGUACUGAAGACAAUAUCAAGCAGAUCAGAAGACAGAAAGAAAUCGACACGUACACAAAUCCGGAUUGAUCGAUUUUGGGAUUGAUAACAGAAAGGAGGAGACAGGAGAAGAUUUUGUGUCUGACCGUUGAUAUACGUCAUUUGCAUAAUGAAUUUCGGACGAAGGCGAAAAGAAGAUCAACCCAACCAGCAAGCAAGCUCACAAAAGGAACAACAGUCCCCGGGUUCAAAGAAAAUGAGAGAAGAAAUCAAAAGAACAUUUGAACUGUUUGAUAAAGACAAAAAUGGUAAAAUAACGGAAUCAGAACUGACUGACGUCAUGCGAGCUUUGGGUCAAAAUCCUACCACACAACACGUCAGGUCAAUUAUAGCAGAAGUGGAUAAAGACAACGAUGGAGAAAUAGAUUUUGAGGAGUUCGUGUCCAUGAUGUCGAAAAAAUGGCGGGACCUAGAAAAGGAAGAAGACGAAAUCAAGAAAGCUUUCAAGGUUUUUGACAGAAACGGGGAUGGGAUGAUAGAAAUGCGAGAACUAAAGGCUGUUUUAACUGGCCUGGGAGAACGAAUGACAGAGGAGGAAUUUCAGGAUCUGAUGCGCGAGGCAGAUUUAGACGGAAAUGGCGUCAUCACGUACGAAGAAUUUUCUUCAGUUUUAGCCAACAAGUUCAUUUGAUACCUGGAGUCAUUCCGCGUUUGAUACGGUUUGAUAACAUCCCAAAUUGAGGCCAUGGUCUGUUGACCACACGUCCAACACAAUCCAAAUGGAUCUUGGGACCAGCAGUCAGCCAUUCCAUUCCGAGAACCUCCAACCAUUCCCCCAACAGAGGAGGACUUGUACGGAACGAAGAACUGUUCCUUCCGUGUACAUUAUGUUGCUGUGUUAUGUUGCUGUUUUCCUUUUUAUUGUUUGGCUAAAUUUCCUCUAGAAAGUUGACUUAUAUAAAAUAAAAACCAUGACCAUAGUUGUGUUCCCAAAACAGAGGAGGACUUGUAUUCAACGAAGAACCGUUCCUUUGUUCCUUUCCUGUAUAUUAUGUUGCUGGUUUCCUUGUAUUGUUUUGCUUAAUUUCCUGAAGUUGACUUUUAUAAAAACAAAAUCCAGGACCAUAUAUGCAUAUCUAAGUUAUGUGCGCGAUCUAACCAGAUUACUAUCAUUUUAAAAUGUUUUCCAUGUAUAUGUCUAUUUGUAGGAAUCUUAAUUUAAAGUACUGCAAAUGAUUUUUGUCUUUUUUCGCGGGCUUCUAAUUUUCGCGAAUCAAAUAGUAAAAUGAUCCAUCUUUACAUGUUAACCAUAAGUGAUGGCUACUAGACACGAAAUCCGCAAAAAUGAAUCCCGUGAAGUUGAAUAUGACGAAAAUUAGUGUCCGCGAAAAUGGGAUUUUAUAGAACUUUGUUGACAAACUUUGUGCGGAACAUACAGCAAAAGAAACACGAACAUAAAGAUCUUAUUAAUUUUUUUCUGGUGUUUAAGAUUUGUAGAUGGAUAGCUAACCAUAUACAACUAUUGUAUUUUGCAGUGCUUAUUCCAAAAAAUAACUUCCUGGUUUAAAGGGCCUAGCGAGUGACCCAAAGUUUAUAAUACUUAACUUUAGUAAAUGUAACAUAGAAACUGCAAAAUUCAUAAAAAAAUGUAUUUGAAUAUUCUUACCCAAACCCUUGAUUGUUAAAAAUCAAUAAAAUAUCUGUUUGAAUGAAA